AUGUUGAGCGAAAAUAGAUGGAAAGUGAUACUGCUCGUUGCUGCGUCCGUCGCGGCUGUCGAGUCGAGCCGCGCGCUUAGCAUAGUCUACCAAAAACCCAGAACAAGUCCUAUGUUUGUACCAAAACAUCUCUACAGGCGCUCGAAACAGUCUAGGGUGUUGUUCUUGGACGAGGAUGAGAACCAUCAACCAUUUGGACGCGGUGAGAUAGAUUUAACUACAGAUAAGUACAGUUCAAAAAUAAAGUUCGAUGACAGUACGGAUUACGAGUUCACCUCGUCUGAAGAUGCAGCGAGUUCAACAAAGUCACAAGAUAACGACGCUCCAUCAGGAAAUGAAAGGUUCUAUGAACCACUGCCACGGUUCCGACCUCCCCCAUUCCAAGUGUAUCCUAAGUAUUACCAAGGACGUUUCGGUCGUCCUUACGCGCCGAGUUAUGGCUUCGAUCCGUAUUCAUUUGCUCCCGCAGUGCGUAACGGGUUUUAUGGGCCUACUAGUGGUUGGAAAGCACGCAGUCCCCGUGUUGUGUUUCCGUAUGCUUCGGAUAGCAUUAACUCUGUGCAGACUAACUCUCACGCCGGACCAAAUUUAAGCGACAAUGUUGUGUUCCGUGAUCAGAGUUUUGGUAUUAAUGACAUCGGUGCGGAAGAACAGAGUUUGCAGGACAUCGACAGUACUGCGCAAGCGAGCGCUGCACAACCAGAAAUUAUAACAGAAAGGGUUCAAGAGACAUUAGAAAGACAAGACGAUAAAAAGUGCUUCCAAGGUGGAACAUGUGAAUUCUUUAUGUACUGUUGGAUGGUUGGCGGACUAUUGGAUGGCUCUUGCGGAGGCUUGCUUAAAGGAUGCUGCCAUAGAAAUUCUAAAGCCGGAAUACUUGGUGUUCAAGACUCAAAUAGUAUAGAUUACGCGCCUAAUGAAGGACUGAGCUAUGGUCCUGUUAUAAAUGAUGAAAGUUGUGGUAUAGCAGUAAACAAGCAGACAGCCCAGCGGCGUAUUGUUGGUGGAGAUGACGCUGGGUUUGGAACUUUCCCGUGGCAAGCUUACAUCCGAAUUGGAUCCUCCAGAUGUGGUGGUUCACUGAUCUCUCGUCGCCAUGUUGUUACGGCAGGCCAUUGCGUGGCGCGGGCUCAGCCACGCCACGUUCGGGUGACCCUUGGAGAUUACGUCAUCAACUCUGCGGCAGAACCUCUUCCUGCAUACACGUUCGGCGUACGAACGAUCAAAGUCCACCCGCUCUUCAAGUUUACACCACAGGCUGAUCGGUUCGAUGUCGCCGUGUUGACACUCGACCGGAAUGUGCAUUAUAUGCCGCAUAUCGCGCCAAUAUGCUUGCCGGAACGUGGGUCGGAUUUCCUGGGACAGUACGGCUGGGCUGCCGGCUGGGGAGCUUUGAGUCCAGGUUCAAGGUUGCGUCCACGGACACUGCAAGCGGUUGACGUGCCCGUACUAGAUAACAGAGUGUGCGAAAGGUGGCAUCGAGCUAACGGUAUAAACGUUGUCAUAUACCCCGAAAUGCUCUGCGCUGGUUACCGUGGUGGGGGAAAAGAUAGCUGUCAAGGAGAUAGUGGAGGUCCCUUAAUGCUGGAGAGAGCUGGAAGGUGGUACCUCAUCGGCGUAGUCUCAGCCGGAUACUCUUGUGCUAGUCGAGGCCAACCUGGCAUCUACCAUCGUGUGGCUCACACAGUGGAUUGGAUAUCACAUGCAACGACGCUCUCAUAG